UGUGGUGAUCAAGAAAAAAAGGCAAAAUAUAAUGCUGCAAGAAGAUCAGCAUAAAACCAAUAUGACCAACAGAUCUAUAGGAUACGCCCUUAAACGCAGAAACGAUCGUUUUGUGGUCGAGGCGAUCGUAGGCAUUGUGAAUCCAGCCUACGAACCCGAUCUGGAAGGGGAUAUAUCCACAAUCAGUGGCAUUAAUCGAACAUGGCGAGUACAUUUUAUUGAUUACUUACAUAAUAAUCAACAAUGUUUAAGGGAUAGGCAAGUUUGUAGUUUUGGUGGCUGUUCUUAUAUAAAUGACCCUAUGGCGGCGGACACGUGCAGAAAGUAAAUUCAAAUGGUUACAAAAUAUUUCUAUAUUUUAUUUCUGGAUGUUUUUGCAGAUUUUAGAAUUUAAAAUGUA